AACUUCCCAUUGGACUUUGAUGGAUUUUAGAAGCUGCCGUCACACACCAAAAACCGGUUUGCGGCUCAAGUUCAGCUCUCGAGUACUUCACGACAAAACAAACCAGAAUUUGAAGUUACCGAAGCCAAAAAAAAAAAGUGUCGAGCCAUGUUCGUAUAAAAGCGCUCAACCCAUGGCCCAAACAUCAACAGUUGCAAUCAACGCACAUCCAACAAACCAACAAACCAACUCCACAAACAUGUUCAAAUUCGUUGCUUUCUUCGCCUGCAUUGCCGUUGCGGCCGCUGCUCCUGGUCUUCUCGCCGAGACUCACGCCAUUGUCCAGCCCGCCGCUGUGCUCACCAAGACCGCCUAUGUGGAUACCUCGGCUUCCUCGGCCAUCACCCACCAGAGCAAUGUGAACCUGUUGCGUAAGGUGCCAGUGGUUCAGACCUAUGCUCCUCCUGUUGUCCACGCUGCUCCCGUUGUUCAUGCUGCUCCCGUCGUCACUCCCGUAGUCCAUGCUGCUCCAGUUGUUGCUCCUGUGGUCCACGCUGCUCCCGUUGUGAGCACCUAUGCUGCUGCUCCUCUGGUCCACUCUGUGCCCGUCGUGCACUCUGCUCCUCUGGUCAAGACUGUCGUCAGCCCAGUUGCCUACACCGCUUACCACAAGUAAAGCGUAAAACUAAUCGAAAACCUUGAGCCAUAAACUGUGUCAAUAAACGUGUAUAUAGAAAAUCGA